CUUCGGUUCAUCUUUCGUUGUAUAAACAAGUUGGGUAGGGAGUUGCGAUUAACGAACGCUCGACCGCUGUCGACAUUGCCUUUGGAUCGUUGAAGAAGCAAGUUUUCGUAAUGAAAGUUUUGAUGGCUGAGGUAAAGCUAUCUAUAGGAGGGGAGGACGUUGGCAUGAACAACUCGAUGGAGUACAAGAACGAUAAAGGAGCUUCCAUGGAAUUUUUGGGGGAUCAAAAGGAUUCUUCUAAAGAAGAAAAUAUCUGGAUUUGUCGGCGUCAGAGAAUGACUCAUGCAUUCGAGUUUGGGCGAACCGCAGAGGGACCAGAUUCAGCAGAAAUAAAGAAAGCUGCUCAAACACUUGUUGAGGUCAUCAAAGGCGCCAAAGUCGAAGAAUUUAUUUCAGCAAUCGAAUGGCUGAAAUGGCUUGUCGAACGAAUUGAUCGAUCUAGCAUUUUAAAUUUCCGUGGCCAAUCGGGUUGCUCACUGCUCCACGUUGCAGUAGCCAGCAGCAAGGACGACAUCCUACAGCUUCUGCUUUUUGAUGCCGAUGACCAACUCAUGGCCACCCAAAAUGAUUGGGGAGAUACCCCCUUCCACACCGCAGCUAAGACCGGGAACUCAAAAGCGGUCGAGAUGUUGAUUCGCCGGGCGAGGAAACCCCUCAACGACAAGCGCGAGAAUCAGAUUCUGACGAUGAAGAACAAACAUGGAAACACUGCUUUGCACGAGGCUGUGCUCAAUCGUCACGUUAACGUGGUGAGCCUUUUGUUGAAAGAAGAUUUGGAGCCCGUGUACUUGGAGAACGAGGCAAAGAAAUCUCCCCUGUACCUGGCCCUUGACACAGGCAACUCCGAGAUACUUGAGAUUUUACUUUCAUACUCGCCCGAACCAUCAAAGAUAAAAGGCUUGCCGCCCGUUCAUGGUGCCCUUGUGCGUCCUGACUAUGGUAAGAACCUAAAUCUAUAUGUGGGAAAUAUCUAUGUAUGCGUAAACUGAUCUCAUCCCAAAUCUGUGCAACAGCUUUCUAAUAAUACCUGAACCAUUAUGGGUUUUUACAUGAAAUUUCAAACCCCGCUUAGUUGGAUACCCAACCAGCCAUAUGAUUCUCUUAAUAAAAAAAUUAUUUCACAUUAGAACACGAAAGAUCAGCUUAAAUUGACAAACAAACCAACUUGCUAAAACUUAUUUAUUGUUGAUCUUAUAUUAAAAAAAGUACAAAGUACAAAUAUAAGAUCGACAAUCAUGAAAAUCUAGAACGUAACAACGACGGAAGGAGAAAGAUACACUUGCAAUGAUGAUUGUUGAUGAUUAGAUUACAAUUCAUCUUUUUUAAAGGUUCACUAAAAUAAAUAGUUUUGUAACAAAGCAAAUAUAGUUUGAUAAAUGAUUUAUUGUAUUCUGGUUUUGGAUUUACCCGUCAAGUUAAUUUCAAAAUCAUCUUAAAUCCUUAUAGAGUUAGAAUAUGCAUACUUACUGAUUAAAUCGCCACAAAAUCUCAUUACUUCAAAGUAAAUAAAUCCUAAAUGUUAACAGUGAAUCGUUAGGUGUAGGUUAUUUCUACAGAAUUUGUGCGUAUUUGCACGUAUCCGUAUGCAAAUGAGGACACAAAAAGCAUAUUUGAUUUUUGAGAAUGAGUGUCACAUAUCAAACUAAACUUAAAAGAUCAAGAGUGAGAAAGUGCAAAGGGAAUAGCAAGGUAUGGCAUUUGAUAAUUAAUAGACGUUAACAUAAAAUUGUUCUUGUUUAAGAAAAAUUCAUCGAUCUACGUGUUUAUCAAUAUCAAUGUACAAUAAGGAUAAGUUUUUUAUUUCAUUUUUGGAAGAAAGAAGGAAGAGAUUCCUUGAAAAAUUCAUCGAUCUACACGUUUGUCAACAUCAAUGUUCUUGUGUAUCAUAACAAUUUGAGAUAUAUUUUAGUAACUUUAGAUUAAUUAUGUUGACUAUAUAAUUGCAUUAAGAUACGGAAUUACAUGCAAGAUUUGUGACCUAAAUAUUGGUGUUACUAUAGUUUCCUAACACUAAUUUGUGAGUAAUUUGAAUAAAGUCUUUGCACAUGUCCUAAUUUCAAGGAUGGACCUUGUUAAUAUAACAAUCUUUAGGCUACUGUAAGAAUAAUAACUUGUUGUGAGUCAUUUUUUUUUUUUUUUUUUUUGAAAGAGUGUAUCCCAUGAGAAUUGAUCUUUUGUAAUUCGACGAGACUGUUACUCUAAUGGUAAAUUAAAAACUAUCACCCAAAUAUUUUUUUUCUUUCAAGAAUAUGGUUCGUAUACUAAAGGAAAUUUUUUUUAUAUGGCCUCACAAAUUAUUUCGGGACUAAGUUGGCAAAGAGCAAGAAACAUACCAUGUUUGAAGCAAAUGAGAGUCGUGAACCAAAAUGAAAAAAUGAAAGUUUGGGGCUUGACCUUUAAACUAGUAGCAUACUCAUAUGCUACAUGGGCAUGAUUUUUAUUUGUGUAAAAUUGAAAUAUGUUUUCUAUCAUAAAUAAUUCAUUGAAUUCUAUUCUAUUUCAUAUCAAUCUUCCUCUUUUGAAUAGGACAAAUGUGAAAUUCUUAAUUCAUGUUAUAUAUUGAUGGAAAAUAUAAGGGACUAGGUAACAAUUAGAAAAUUCUCAAUUAUCGUUGUGAUAUGACAUAGGGAAAAUUAAUAUGUACUCAACGGAUAUUAUUAUACUUUAUAGGAAAUAUUAAAGAAGAUGUUAGAAUUUUCAUUGCUCAUUUGUUAGAAUUUUCAAUUAUUGCUCGUUUGCUAUAUUGCAACUCAUUAGAACUAAUUUCAUUAAGAUUAAUGUCUUUCUUUUGUUGAACAACCGUCAUAAUAUUGAGUGAGUCAAACAUAAAUACCAUUUUGAAGCAAGAUAAGUGUAGAGUGCAAGAAAGCACUCUUUGCAAGCAAAUUAACCAAUUUCUUACAAAGUAGAGGUUUACAUGUCACUGUAGAGGCGAAUCCGUUAGGAAGGACUUCUUAUUAUAUAUUAGCAUAGGUGUUUCGGCACUCCUAAUUAAUUUUCUGGCAGUCGAAGGAGACUUGUUUUGUUGUCCGUCACUGUUUUUAUGUCAUCACAGAUCAACGCUGUGGUUGUUAGAACUUUGGAUUUAUAUGAUUACACGCAACACACGUACAAGAUAGAACAAAUUAUGUAAUUGGCACACGCCCAUGCGUGUAGUUACAUGGCUAUGGGAAAAGAUAGAGGUAAGUGGGUCGUUAUGGGUGUCAUGUAAGGAUAAAUUGCGAAAUACAAAAGCGAGAGAAAUGCCACUUUCCCAGGAUACAAAAUAGUCUCACAGGUUAUGUAUAAUGUGCUACAUGUAUUAAAGUUUCAUUCAAAAAAUCUUACUAAAUGAUAUGGCAUAUGUCAUGUCAUUCAUUAUGUGAGGAUUAAGUCAGAAUGAUGCAAUGAAAAUUAGAACGGAGGAAAAGCCAUGAAUUGAGCAAGAUCAAAGCUUUCCUGUUCUAUUAUUUUUCCUUUGUUGAGUAGCAAAAUCCCUGAGGCUUUCCGCAUAUUAUUUAAUCUUCUUUAUGAGCACCUGUAAAUUUUUUACAUUUGGGGCCAAAACUUCUUUGGUUGAGCUUUUUUCUAUCUGUAAUUUGUAAUUUAUAAGCUGCACCUUUUUCGAUCUUAGAAAGAGAUUCUGGUCAUAUAUUUUACUUAUGCGAAUGUGGUCCCUAAUUUGGAGCUCCUGAUCACAGAUUUACUACGAUAUAUAUACAAUAAAAACCAAAAGCUAUUUGAAAUGAAGGACGAUAGAGGUGGCAAUGUAUUCCAUUUAGCAGCUUUCCUGAAUGAGCCUCGAGUAUUCAAGCUCUUACCAUCAAGAAAUUCAUAUUUGUUCCAAGAAGGGGACGAGAUGGGGAUCUUCCCAUUCAUAUCGCGAGCAAGAUGGGUCAUGUUUUACUAAUCAAGAAGCUAUAUCGGGAAUCACAAUCGGUAAACAAGCGAGGACAGACCGUUCUUCAUUUGGCAGCAAAGUAUGGGAGAGCUUCAGUAGUGAGAUAUAUACUCAGAGAUUCAGAACUGGGGAAGUUAAUAAAUGAAAGAGAUUAUGAUGGAAAUACAGCUUUGCACUUAGCCGUGAUGCAUUCACAACUUGCCGCUUUAAUUCCUCUCGUGCUGGAUACAAGAAUUGACCCCCGUCUUCUGAACCACAGAGACUUCACUGCUUUUGACAUCGCCCUAGAUCGCAUCAGAAAGGAGUAUACGUUUCAAAAGCUACUGGCAUUCACGCUGUUGCGAAGCGUGUCACCUAAAAGCUCAGCAGAUCAAAUCAUACUUAAGCGGGAAGCUCGACAUGAAGCGUUUCCAGUGUUUUUUUUUAUUGGCCUUAACGAAAAGUUGUCAGACCUGAACCAACUGAGGGAUGAUGUCAAUACCCGCCUGGUGGUGGCAACACUUGUCACCACUGUGACUUUCGCAGCUGGUUUCGCAGUUCCUGGAGGUUUUAACAGCUCAGACACGGCCUCCAAAGAUUACCGGGGCAUGGCUACAAUGCUGGACAAGAGAAUGUUCCAGAGCUUCGCUAUUUGCAACACCAUCGCGAUGUUUUGCUCAAUGACCUCGGUCGUCAACCUCAUGCUGGCACACCGGAGCGACGCCCACUUAGCAAAUGCUGCAUGCUGGCGUGCAACAGUGUCGCUGUCAAUUGCACUCCCGGCAAUGUCUGCUGCUUUCUUAACUGGUGUCAUUUUGACCGUUGACAAGCUCCCUUGGCUUGCUACCACGAUAUUAAUUCUGGGAUACGUUUUCCUCCUCAUUAUCACAGGUGGUUCAUUAUCACAGUUUUUUGCUCCAUUUAUACAGUGCUUUCCCUUCUUUUGGAGACGCCUUCCCCCUAUUCGUCCUCUGCUAUCCUGGUUUUUUCUCGCUUCCAUUUUUUUUCUUGGAGGUGAGACGAGCAUUUCGGAUGACUCGGAAGUGGACAAAACGGCGAGCGAGACCUCUGCUAGUCGGGCUCUGGACGGUGGCGGUGAAGAUUGAUUUGCAGAAACAAAUAUGUGUUAUAUAUAUUUGCCUUCGUGGAUUUGGCUCGUCCUGUAGUUGCUUUCCUAUUGCAUACAUUAAUGAUGA